AUGAAAACAAACUAUUGACUCGUGUUACCAUGGUAACUUUCUUAUGUUUCGGCGCCAAAUUCAAAAAUUUUGAACGAAAUUAAAUUAAAUCGAUGACAAACAAACACAAUUAAGUCACGUGACGUGUUGAUUUGCAAGUACUAAUUAAAUUAAAAUUAUAGAGCAAAUUUUAACCGUGUUUUUUGUCGUUUUUCACACUGCACUGUUUAAAUUUCCCGCCCCAUAAUGUCCCGUUGCCAUGGUAUUGUUUAGGCGCCAAAUUCAGUAAAUUUGAAAAUAAGGGGGUUAAAAUUUUCUACACGAAUUGCAACAGUCGAAACUUACGCAAUUAUUUAAUAGUUUUAUUUCCACGUGACUAAUUAUCUCAACUCUGAUAUAAACAAACCGAUAAAGCCGUCUCGUGUCAGUCACUUGCUAGACUUUGAACCACGAAAAUGUCUGUUAUUCGCAAGAUCAUCAGUACGAAUAAGGCCCCCAAGCCGGUGGCCCCCUACAACCAGGCCGUCCUCCUGGACAAGACCUUGUACGUCUCGGGGGUCUUAGGCUUGAACAAGGACACCAUGAAACUAGUGGAUGGGGGCGCGGGGGCCGAGGCCCGCCAAGCCUUGCAGUCCCUCGGCCACAUCCUCGAAGAAGCCGGCUCCUCGUUCGAGAAAGUCGCCAAAACCACAAUCUUCCUCAACAACAUCGACGACUUUGGGGCUGUCAACGACGUCUACAAAGACUUCUUCACCAAGAACCAUCCCGCACGGUCCACCUUCCAAGUCGGCAAACUGCCAAUGGGGGCCAAAGUCGAGAUCGAAGUCAUCGCAGCCGUGGGGGACGUCAAACAAAUACCAUCCAAAAUAUAAUCUUUAAUUAAUUGCAAUAAAAGUUAUUUUUAUUAAA